AUGGCUGAAGCCGCACAAGGCAACGUCCCCACCUUCAAGCUUGUGCUUGUCGGUGACGGUGGUACGGGAAAGACCACCUUCGUCAAGCGCCAUUUGACCGGAGAGUUCGAGAAGAAGUACAUUGCGACGCUCGGAGUCGAAGUUCACCCUCUUGGCUUCACCACAAACCUCGGCCCCAUCCAGUUCGACGUCUGGGACACCGCUGGUCAGGAGAAGUUUGGUGGUCUUCGUGAUGGAUACUACAUCAACGGCCAGUGCGGCAUCAUCAUGUUCGACGUCACCUCGCGUAUCACAUACAAGAACGUCCCCAACUGGCACCGUGACUUGGUCCGUGUCUGCGAGAACAUCCCCAUUGUCCUUACCGGCAACAAGGUCGAUGUCAAGGAGCGCAAAGUCAAGGCCAAGUCCAUCACCUUCCACCGAAAGAAGAACCUCCAGUACUACGACAUCUCCGCCAAGUCCAACUACAACUUUGAGAAGCCUUUCCUCUGGCUUGCCCGAAAACUCGUCGGCAACCAGACUCUGGAAUUCGUCGCUGCCCCCGCCCUUGCACCCCCAGAGGUCCAGGUCGACCAGGCCGUGCUUGCCCAGUACGCAAAGGAGAUGCAGGACGCCGCCGAGAUGCCCCUGCCCGACGAGGACGACGGUGACUUGUAG